AUGUCCGCUGGAUCCACAUUCCGCAACCACUGUGUACAGAUUGCCUCGCUUCUCGGGGCAAAGAUAUCAGACUCGACCCCUACCACCAUCUACAACGCAUUAAAGAAACUCCAACGCAUCCUAGACGACCUUGCCACGGCCACCGAUACGGCUGGUAGUGAUCUCUCCCUGUCUGAAAUCAUCAAAAGCGCCGUUUCCAACUUGAACGAACGGAAUAGCUUGUUAAACGAACGGAAUAGCUUGAGAGCGGAGAACCAGCGGUUGAAGGACGAGUGCAUUACCCUUCGCACAUUAUGUCGUGGUUUACAGGAGACCAACGGGAAUCUUGAAGGUGAUGUCAAUCGACUACAGCGUGAGCAUACCACGGUGAACGACGUUCUUGCUGAAGCGUUGGACCGUGCGCAGACCAUCACAGACGAGCUACAAAGCUGGAAGAUUCACGCGAAAGAAAUAGCCAAACGCGCAGAGCAAGCGCAGAAGGAGGCCGAGAAGCAAAUCGCCAAAGCACUAGAAGACAAGGCCUUGGCCGAGGACGCUCAAUUCUUUUACGAUGACAUGGAGGUAGCAGUUUCACUGAAGGGCGAAUUCGACCGCAUCUGGAAAGACACGCGCCAUCUCGGCUACAAGGCUAUGAAUGGAUCCAAGCAGAUGGCUAUACAUGCUAUCUGGGAAUACCUCUGCAGGAACGCUUGGGGUUGCGAUGACAUACCAGUGAGAUACAGCAACAGCAGCAGCACUCGGGGUAGCUUCUUCGGGAAGAAAAGCAACCCUCUGCAAAAUCUCUUUCCUAAGAAUUCUACUCACUGGGGAAGGCCAAUGUCCGAAGCUUUGCAAAGAUUGGUCGCCCGUGCUAAGGAGCUGCAGGGUGAAUUACAGGAAUAUGGAUUUCAAGCUCACAUUGAUCUAGUGGGUCAUCUUGACGAACGUCUGCCCCUGCCUAUAGACUCCGGAGUCAUGAUUUGUGUGGAGCAUAGGGUGGAUGGGUGUUUGGGGGUUUUGUAA